CUGAUCAACAUUGAUAUUUACGACAAUCACAUCAUACUUUUUUUUAUCAUUUAUUUUGUUCAUUACAUUCAUACAGGAAUUUAUCUUUUCCCUCUUUAUAUCUUCUUGAAUUUUGUUCAACCUAUAUGUAACCGUUGUGAUGAUAAAUAAAUUUCAUUAUUAUUAUACAAAAAGAAAUUAUGACUCACUGAGGAUAUAAAUUUUAUUUGAUUGAUAUAGCAUUCAUUAUGGCACAGCCGAAUAAACAAUCGAAUGAAUCAUUGAACAAGAAUCAAUCCGAUUCCAUAUUGUUGAAUCAAACGAAUUUAGCUUGGUCACAACCAGCUGGAUUUAUGUUGGCAUCACCUGCACCAGCUUCUCAACCAUCACAAUCGACGAUGGCUACAUUGGCCAAUGAUCAAUUAUUAACCACCACAGAGUCUACCGUCGAUGUACAGACGACGAUGCAGGAAACACAAGAAAGUCCACCUGCUACGAAUACCAGCACUGUCGAAUCGUCAAUUGAAUCAUAUUUCAAAUCUGAAACUUCGCAACCUGAACCAUCAGAAUUAUCAAAUCCAACACCACAAUCAGCAACAACACCGGAACCCGAAACUUAUAAAGAAGUUGAUCAUCAUUGGUUUUAUCAAAAAAAUCCGGAAAAUAAUCCCGAUGAUUGGCAGGCAUUUUCAAUGUUGGACAGCUAUCAAUUAGAAAAUGCAUUUCAACAAUGUCGUAUGGAUGAGCUGAUUCCUACGAAUGGUACACGAUAUGAUGUUCGCAUACGAGAUCGAUUACGUUGUCCGGUUUAUUGGCAAGGUUCGUCAAGUAUGGUUUCUCGUUGUUCAUGGUUUUAUAAACGUGAAACCGACUAUCGUUAUGUACCAUAUCCGGAAUAUAUUGCCGAAAUGUUGGAAGCUACAUAUCGAGAUUGUUUCUUAACACAUCAAUGGAAUCGUCGAUUAGAUCUAACCGAUACGGAAUUUGUUGUUUUCUAUGCUCAUAAUUCCGUAUAUCAUUAUUUUAAUGAUCCAGUUCAAUCAUCACCAUCGACUGGUUGGCAAACAUUGAUGACAUCUGAUCCAGGAUCACAGCCUCGUUAUUGUUACCGUGGACCAUGGAUGAUUCAAACACAACCGGAACGUGAUGAAUCGGCCACGUCCGUGACACAUUUAAUCUUUUUCGUUCAUGGUAUCGGUGAAUUUUGUGAUUUCAGUUUUCGACCAUUGAAAGAUGUUGUCGAUGAUUUUCGUAUGAUCACUCAUGAUCUAUUGCUUACACAUUAUGGUCAUGAACAAGGUCGUGUUGAAGUAUUGCCAGUUACUUGGCAUCAAGCAUUGCAUACAAAAUCUUUGGAUGAACGUCUUCGUGAGAUUACCUUACCAUCGAUUCAAAAGUUACGUUCAUUCACAAACGAUACGAUUCUUGAUGCAUUGUUCUAUACAUCACCUGUACAUUCGAAAUUACUAUUGAAUUAUGUUGCCAAUGAACUUAAUCGAUUGUUUGCGAUCUUCCUCCAACGAAAUCCAUAUUUUGGUGGUAGAAUUGCCUUGGCUGGACAUUCGCUCGGUUCGUUGAUCUUAUUCGAUUUAUUAUCAUAUCAAACACCACCAACUUCAGCCAGUAACGAGCCACAACAAUCACAAGAUGAUCAUCAUAAUACUGAACAUUCAAAUCAAAUUGAACAACUUCAUUUCAGACCUGAAUGCCUUUUUGCAUUGGGUUCACCAUUAGCCGCAUUCAUUACGAUUCGUGGUUUGGAUUUGGCACCGGAUUUUCGUUUACCCACAUGUCCGGCAUUUUUCAAUAUAUUUCAUCCCUAUGAUCCAAUUGCUUAUCGUUUGGAACCGUUGAUUAAUCGAGAAUUUGCCAAAAUUAAACCAGUACUCGUUCCACAUCAUAAAGGCCGUAAACGAUUCCAUCUGGAACUAAAAGAUUCAUUACAAAGAGUCGGUACUGAUUUGAAACAGAAAUUUAUGUCCGGAAUACGAGGCGCAUUAGAUUCAUUGUAUGGUUUCGCUAAAGCUCACGUUGAAGAACCAACAGCGGAAAUUCAACAACAACAGCAGCAUGUACAAUUACAAACUCACACAUCAAUGGAUAAUAUAGAAAUAAAACGAGAACAACCGGAAAUUGUUAAUCAACAGCCACAACAGCUACAAGAGCCAUCAUUACCAUCAUCAACAUCGAUAACAAAUUCAUUAUCCGAAUUAGCCAUAAAACCCGAUAUGACGGAAACUGAAUUGAAUCGAAUUUUAUCAUUGGAUUUUGGUCAAUUAAAUCGUGGACGUCGUUUAGAUUAUGUAUUACAGGAAAGGCCAUUUGAAAUUGUCAAUGAAUAUGUAUUUGCCAUUACAUCACAUGGUUAUUAUUGGUUUUCCGAAGAUACGGCAUUAUUAAUGUUACGUGAAUUAUUUGGUCAACCACCACAAUCAAAUACUGUGUAAUUGAGUGUAAAAAU